AGGGUUUGCGCCUUGCGCCUUUCUUUUGACCUACAAGGCGAACGACUUCGAAGAAUGGUUUAACUUGGUCCAACAAAUCUACAGAAGUUUGACAAAAUCACGUUACCCCUACUCCAUGCUUAUAUAGAGCAACUCUUCCUGCUCUAUCUUCCUUGAUAGCGCAGCCGACAUCCCGACAUUCUUUCCAUUGGUGGUCCAACAAAACCCAGCGAACCCCUCCGUCAAUCUCCCUCGUCUCCAUCAUGGCUGCCGAACCGCCAACCAAGAAGAAGUGUCUUGGGAAAGACUGUGAGAACGAUGCCUCCGCCCUUCAAUGCCCCACGUGUCUCAAAAUAGGCAUCAAGGAUAGCAACUUUUGUUCGCAAGAUUGCUUUAAGAAGAACUGGAAUGAUCACAAGAUAUUGCAUAAGGUCGCACAAGGCAAGACCACGAACGCAACCGGCGUUUUCAACCCAUUUCCCACCUUCGCAUACACAGGCUCCGUACGCCCCGUCUACCCCCUAUCCGACAGGCGCCCAGUUCCGAAAUCGAUACCGCAUCCCGACUACGCUGAGACUGGUUACCCUAAGAGCGAACGGUUCAUCAACAGGAAUAAGAUCGACAUACUCGAUGCUAAGGGUCAGGAGGCUAUGCGGAAAGUGUGCCGGUUAGGCCGAGAAGUUUUAGAUAUAGUGGCAGCGGAAGUCAGACCCGGCGUUACUACUGAUUACCUGGACGAAAUCUGCCAUAAGGCUUCCAUAGAACGAGAGUGUUACCCCUCGCCCUUAAACUACAACAAUUUCCCUAAGUCAUUCUGCACCUCGGUCAACGAGAUCAUCUGUCACGGUAUUCCAGACCAGAGAGUACUGUUAGAUGGCGAUAUUAUCAACCUAGACGUCUCGGUUUACCACGGAGGUUAUCACGCGGAUCUAAAUGAGACGUAUUACGUGGGCGACAAGGCUAAGGCGGACCCCGACUCCGUUAGAGUGGUCGAAGCCGCUAGGGAAUGUCUUAACGAAGCGGCUAAGCUCAUCAAGCCAGGAACCUUAAUACGAGAGUUUGGUAACGUCAUCGAGAAGCAUGCUAAAUCCAAGAACUGCAGCGUCAUUAGGACGUACUGUGGCCACGGAGUCAACAGCCUAUUCCACUGCCCGCCUAACGUGCCGCACUACGCAAAGAAUAAGGCUGUAGGAGAGUGCAAGCCGGGCAUGACCUUUACCAUCGAACCUAUGAUCGCGUUGGGGAAAUACCGGGAUGUUACCUGGCCUGAUAAUUGGACGAGUGCCACGAUUGACGGUAAACGGACUGCUCAAUUUGAGCAUACCUAUCUUGUAACCGAAACCGGAGUGGAGGUAUUGACAGCACGGACGGAGACCUCACCCGGAGGACCUGUACCAAUGCCAGCCGUGGAGAACGGGACGAACGGUAGCUGAGAGGGUAACCUAGAUAGCCUUAUACGAGACUUUCGAUUCUACACACAAGCGAUGCGUACUGCUGGAUCAGGUUUAAGCGUAAUAUAUCCGUAGUAGAGAAGAGAUAAGGCCGGAAGAUAAGCUUUACAUGAUGAAGCACUCUGGGCUUUAUUCAUUGACUAUGAUAUUCGGUGAACAUAAGUAUGGUGGAGUAUUAGCAUUAGUAGGUGAUGUGUUCUGUAUUUGAUGACUUCCCAACUUCCCCCCUUUUUACAUAUCAAUCAACUCAACUGGUCCCAACCACUUUACGGAUUAGCUGCUUAGCUGUUUUUGGUUUACCGCAUUAGGGAAGUUAGGGAAAUAAACGGUCUUCUGGGAUGUCCCUGCCCCUCUAUUUUCUAGCCUCUAAUGCUCUCAUGUGGGGGGACCGUUCAAUGAAAAGAACCUUAAAGAAUGUACCCUGCAUGUAAAAAAGCGCCCAC